AUAUGUUUGUAGUUCCUUCCUCCAAGAAAGUAUCAAGCCCUAAAUUAAGAGAGAGCUUCUGAAAGCCAUGGCGAUCCACAAUGAGAAGAUGACUUACUCUUUCGAGAUAGACAACUUCUCCCAAAGGAAUACUGUAUUUGCGACUCCUAUAUUCUCAACCGGAUCCUGCAACUGGUAUGUUUACGUAUAUCCCAAGGGAGAUGAAUUUAGUAAAAACAUGUGUCUGUGGCUAACAGUUCCAGAUCCUUUCUUACGGCCUUUGUAUUGGUCGAGAGAGACAUUCUUUCGCUUCGUCGUUGUCAACCCAUCCAACGUUAACAGCUCGCGAAGUUUCAUUAAUACUGGCCACGUCUUUAACAAGGGACUGCCAACCUGUGGUUUUAGAACGGACUUGAGUCUUUCCGAACUUCAAGAGGGAAAAUUUCUUGUGAACGACAAACUCAAAAUUGAAGUCUACAUAGGUACUAUCUAUGCUCAUGGUGGACUAGAUCCCGAUGUGUUACCCGAAAAGAAGAAGGAGACCGUGUGUGUCAAUGGCUUCCAAGUUCUUGAUUCGCAAGUAAAAUCAGCAAAGUGGAUUUUUGAGACUUACCCGGAAACAGCAUUGUAUAUUCAACCACAAGAUCCACAGCUUAAGACAGCCUACAUGAACAUUCUCCUCAGAAUCUACGAGACACUUUAUAACAGUCCUCUUGAGAAGCUCACGGAAAAUGAGCUAAGUAACGUUUCCAAGGGUUUGCUUGAUCUGACACAAGCUGGUUUUAAGCUCGAAUGGUUGAGGGAAAAGCUUGAGAAGGUUUCCGUGGAGAGGAAGAAACUAUCUGGUUAUGAAGCCCAGGCUCUAGAACUUGGAAAACAGUUGAAGAAUCUUGAGCUGAUGAUGUGUAAUCUCAAAGCUGAGAUCAAGUUGAAAGCGGAGAGCUAAUUAUACUAUGAUCUUUAGUUGGGUUUAAUAGUUCUUAGUAUAUCUUAUGAUUUAUUAUUUAUUGUUUUCCUGGUUUUUAUUUAAGAUCAAUCAUAGAUCUCAGGCUGUCCCUUUCAUUGGACAUUAAUAAAUGUCAUGGAAUACUAAAUUCCAAUUGUUUUA